AGAGAGAGAGAAACACACACACACACACACAGCAAUACUGGAAGAGCUGUUGGGGUGAUGGAGGGAGGAUAUUCCAUGGGACUAAAGUAGCUCAGAGACACAGCUGCAUCUGCUAAACAGCAACUAAUGUCUCUGUGUGACCAUGCUGUAUUUUCAGCUUGUCAUCAUGGCUGGGACCGUUCUGCUCGCCUACUACUUCGAGUGCACUGAUACUUUCCAGGUGCAUAUCCAGGGUUUCUUCUGUCAGGAUGGAGAUUUGAUGAAGCCUUACCCAGGAACGGAGGAGGAGAGCUUUAUUUCACCUCUGGUGCUGUAUUGCGUGCUGGCUUCGACCCCGACAGCUAUUAUUUUUAUCGGCGAGAUCUCCAUGUAUUUCAUAAAGUCAACCCGAGAAACCCUGAUUGUCCAGGAGAAAACUAUCUUGACCGGAGAAUGCUGUUACCUGAACCCAUUACUUCGAAGAAUUAUACGAUUUAUAGGGGUUUUUGCAUUUGGACUUUUUGCCACUGACAUAUUUGUAAAUGCUGGCCAGGUAGUGACUGGGAACUUGGCUCCUUACUUCCUGACGGUGUGUAAACCCAACUACACAGGCAGCGACUGCCGGGCUCACCAUCAGUUCAUGAACAAUGGGAAUAUCUGCACCGGGGACCUGGAGGUGAUUGAAAAGGCAAGGAGAUCCUUCCCAUCCAAACAUGCUGCUUUGAGCAUUUACUCAGCCCUUUAUGCCACGAUGUACAUCACAAGCACAAUUAAAACAAAGAGCAGCAGACUAGCAAAGCCUGUGCUGUGUCUUGGGACCCUCUGUGCUGCCUUCCUCACCGGGCUAAAUCGAGUUUCCGAGUAUCGAAACCACUGUUCGGAUGUGAUUGCAGGCUUCAUCUUGGGAAGCGCGGUAGCCUUGUUUCUGGGAAUGUGUGUUGUCCAUAACUUUAAAGGAACACAUGGAGCACCUUCUAAACCGAAGCCUGAAGAUCCCCGAGGGAUGCCCCUCAUGGCUUUUCCAAGAGUGGAAAGUCCCCUGGAGACAUUGAGUGCACAGAAUCACUCUGCCUCUAUGACUGAAGUAACCUGAGCUGGAAGAUGGCAAGAGAAGCUAUUUUUAUUACCCUUCAGUACAAUGCUCCAAGACACACAGUUACUAAAUGUCCAACUCUGACGACCAGUAUUAUGUUAUGUCUAGUUAGAGGCUGAUGUUUUGUACAUUUUUUGUAUGAGGAAGUGAUGUAGCUUGCCCUGAUUUUUUUGUCAGCUUUAAUAUAUUUAUGCCAGAAUUUAAAAACAAACAAACAGACAGAACCCAACCUCUUUUCUUGUUUAAAGUGUGCACUGAGGAACUACAUCUAUGGAAUUGUUGAUGUUGUUAUGUGAUAUUUGUACACAGACUUUUUUUUGUUUUAUAUACAUUGAAAUAAAAUAAUUAUAAUAAUUCACUUUUACCUUUUGUUAGCAUAGGAAACGCUUUGGACAAAGGGACAGAUUCUGAUCGCAGGAAUCUUA